UUCAUAUCCUUCUUCUUCAAAUCUUCAGAUCUUCUUCUUCAGAAAGUUGUGAGAGGAAAAGAAAAAACUCUCCUCUCAAUUUCAUGGCCGACGACAUCGCCGCCGUUCUCAGCGACGUCGACGACGAAGAUGCCUCCCCGGUCCCCCCCUCGGAUGAACAACAACAACGAAUACGCCACUGUAUUCGCCACUGUGAUGAACAACACUUCCUCCUCAGAUGAACAACACUCUCCUCUCAGUUCCUUACCCUCCUCUUCUCCCGCUCUCCCUCUCGCUUCCCCCUCGCUCCCCAAAACCCCGAACCCUAGGCUCCCCUCCUCAUCUCUCCUCGUUAGGGCGAAAUCGAAGCUCAACGGGGCCCAAAACCCUAAGGAAUCGAAUUGUCGAGGAGGAGGAAGAGGUGGAGGAGGACUUGCCAUGGAUUCAGGAUUUUCCCUCAUCAAAUUUAAGUGGGAAGGAUUUCGGAUCCAAUUCCAAAUCCUUCCCAAAGCACUCAAGGUUUUUGGAUAUGCUCGAAGAUUUGCCAAGCUUGGAAUUGCAAAUGCUCUCAUUGGUGUGCUCCGGGGAGGAGAACACAGUUCAUCUAGUUUAAUUUCAGCAUGCAUAGCUUUAAAGGCAGUUGCUGUUAAUUUUCGCUUUGUACUUGUAUAAUGUUAUGUGGUUACAUCCUCAAAAAAUUUGUAAGAAGCUAAGACAACAAGGAAUUGAUGGGCCAAAACCCUCUUUCCUCCAUGGUAAUUUAAAGGACAUGAAGAUGUUGGCUAUGGAGGAGGAGAGGAGAGAUGGAGGAGCAAUAAUACACUAUUAUACUCCGCUUCCAUACUUUGAGAAAUGGAGGAAAAGAUAUGGUAUGUGUUCUUAAUUGCUUUCUUGUAAGAAUCUCAAGGUUUUGGUUUUGGUUUUGGUUAGUCUACAUGUCAUAGGUCACAAGGGGCUGCUCGUUGCCCUCAUCCCCUUCAAUCGAGCACAAAUUUGUAACAACAAGGCUGGCAUCAUCAACAUCAAAAACAAGUUAGUGAGAAUAAAGAUAAACAUCAAAUGAGCUCCUGGUGUUUGAAAGAUUAUAAUUUUUUUCAUGUGUCUUGUUUAUUUCUGAGAUGAGAAUGAGCGUAUGAAGAGGGCUAUUGUAAGUGCAUGUUAUUAUUCCUUGAAAUCACGGUGAUGGAAUUUUAAGAACGGUUUUUUAAGGGUCAUUAAGAAAAUGGGACAUCAAAAUUUGAGAAUA